AUGGAAGAGCGAGAGAUUGUGCAGCAUUUUCUGAGGGUGAUGCCUUCGAAAUUCGACACACUUACCUUGCCACUAGAGCAGUAUAGUGAUUUGGACAAGGUGAGCCUUGACAAGGUAAUUGGCUCUCUCACUGUUCAUGAGCUGCAGCUCAAGGAACGGGAAUCUCAUGAAGAAGAGUAG